UGAGGCGGAGUUUGGCGUGGAAUCUGGUACCCGAGGGCUACUGCAACCCAGACUAACCAACCCACUGGUAGAAAAUGUCAGAGGGUCUCGGAGUCCUGCCUUUCCUUCUUCUCUUUCUGGCAGAAGCCUGCCUAGGCCCUGGAUGCCAGGCCCUGAAGAUAGACGUUCCACCAUCAGUGACAGUAAACUUGGGGGAUGAGGCCCGCCUCGCCUGCAAGCACAAUGGCAACAAACCUAAUAUCACGUGGUGGUACAGUUUUGUGUACAACUCCAACAACUCCAUCCCCCCAGUGUUUAUGGGUUAUGGUCAGGGGCUCGGAAGUGAGCUGGUCAUCCCCAAUGUAAACAAGAGCCACAGGGGCCUCUACAGCUGCCACGUGGAAGAAAAUGGCAAGCGGAAAUUCUCCUGCGGCACCUACCUUCGAGUGCGUAAGCCAAUCCCUAGACCCUUCCUGGACAUGGGGGAAGGCACCAAGAACCGUAUCAUCACAGCCGAGGGCAUCAUCCUGCUGUUCUGUGCAGUAGUGCCAGGGACAUUGCUACUCUUCAGGAAGCGGUGGCAGAACGAGAAGUUUGGUGUGGACAUGCCAGAUGACUAUGAAGAUGAAAAUCUUUAUGAGGGCCUGAAUCUUGAUGACUGCUCUAUGUAUGAGGACAUCUCCAGGGGACUCCAGGGCACCUACCAGGAUGUGGGCAGUCUCCACAUUGGAGAUGUCCAGCUGGAAAAGCCGUGACUGACAUCCCCCAUCCUGCUGUGCUGUCAGUCCCCACCUGCCAUAUCCCUGCUUCACUUCUCUUCCCCUGGAGUCUCCCCUUCCCAGUCUUUGUCCCUCCAGAGUGUCCCACCCUUGCCUCCAGACUACCCCACCCUACUCUCCCACCUAAUCUUGUCCUUCCCCAAGUCUGUCCCGGGUUCCCUCUCCAGUGGGUAAUGAGCCCUUAAUCGCUGCCUCUAGGGGAGCUGAUUACAGCAGCCUCGUUAGUGUCACCCCCUCCUCCCAGAUCUGUCAUGGCCACUUAAGUGCUAAUAAAUCCUUCCUAAAGCA